UGAGACCGGCGAGGCAACUAACACAAACAGGAAAGUGAAGUGAAUCUAAAACGAGGAGUUGAGAAUAAAGGCAUGGCAUUUCUCAGGUCAGUGGCCACAACAACCACUGCCAUAGCAGCCUCGGCUCUCCCUGCAGCCAUUGCUUUCUCCUCUCUCUCUUCCUCUCAAUCUUCUCAGGUCCCCAAAACCAAAAACCUCUCCCUCCUCUCCUUCGCACCAAACCCAACCCCAACUCGCUUUGGCCUCGUCAAGAAUUUCGCUGACAAACCCUCGGUUCUCCACAUGGACGCCCCUACAUCUGACACCAAAGCCACCUCUCAGGGUGAUGCUGUCUUGCCAGAGCUGCUGACAGAGUACAUGGUGGAUAUGAAAUGUGAGGGUUGUGUCAACGCUGUCAAGAAUAAGUUACAGACCGUUAAUGGGAUAAAAAAUGUUGAGGUGGACUUAAGCAAUCAAGUGGUGAGGAUUCUUGGUUCAACGCCUGUGAAGACCAUGACUGAAGCUUUAGAGCAGACGGGGCGAAAAGCCCGACUAAUUGGGCAAGGGGUUCCAGAAGAUUUCUUAAUUUCUGCUGCUGUUGCGGAAUUCAAAGGUCCAGAGAUUUUUGGCGUGGCUCGCCUGGCUCAGGUAAAUAUGGAAUUGGCUAGGAUUGAAGCCAACUUUAGUGGGUUGUCUCCUGGAAAACAUGGUUGGUCUAUUAAUGAAUUUGGAGAUCUGACAAGAGGUGCAGCAAGCACUGGAAAAGUGUUUAAUCCAGUAAACGAAGGAAAAGCAGAAAAGCCGCUUGGCGACCUGGGAACAUUAUCUGCUGAUGAGAAAGGUGAGGCCAUCUUCUCAGGCAUCAAAGAGAAUCUGAGGAUUGCUGAUCUCAUUGGGCGAUCUAUAGUGAUAUAUGGAACUGAAGAUAAAUCAGAUCCAGGCGUAACAGCUGCAGUAGUUGCUAGAAGUGCCGGGGUUGGUGAGAACUACAAAAAGAUCUGUACUUGUGAUGGAACCACCAUAUGGGAAUCAAGUGACACAGAUUUUGCAAUCAGCAAGGUUUGAUAUCACAAGUAAAACCCUGCACAUACUUAAGCUAAAUAUCAUAGGCGCCAAAUACUCCUGGUGAAGAGAUUGUAGUUUUCAUAAUCUUGUGUGUUCUAAUAAUUCGAAGUUGUCUGUAAGAAACAGACAGCAUUACAUCUAAUAAAUGAGAAGAGCACAAGCCCUCUUCAUGUGUAAUCUCAGUUAUGGAAGCAAGCACCCCUGAAAUAGGGCUAUGCCACAUUCACGCUUGGUGUACUUGGAUUCUAGAGCUUGUUUACUUCGAAAGUUUGUUGACCUUAUCUUCUUUCCCCUUUUCUUAGGUUGUUAAAAUUAGGGUUUGAACAAUUCCGCUCGAUAGCCGACUACUCGGCACUGCCUCUGUCAAGACAGCAUUGGCUACAAUUUAUACUGCCUCAUCAAAUUCAAUGGAGGACUACAAGUGAGAUCGUGAGAUCCUAGACCCCCUCAAAAGCAGCUGAACUCAAAAGGCAUGGUACACAGUCGGAGCUUUUGAUAUUUGGGUCGGUCAGGUUGCAAUUCUAGUGCGUUGAGUGUGUUUGAGCGAUUGAAUUAUGUAACCUUGAUAAUUCUUCUGCAAGAUACACUCUCAAGUAGAGGUGAAACAUAGUUUGACCAAAAAGAAAAACAUGUUGUGGGAAUCUCUACCGGAAAGAAGAAUAAGAAUAUCAAAAGAUGGAACAGAAUUUUUCUGCCAUAUUGACGAAAU